UCAAUUUUUUUAAUCAAGAGAAAUAAAUGAACUUACAGGUCUAAAAAUGUUUUAUGAUUAUCAUUUUAAUAUAAUCAUCUUCAUAGUAACGUGACUAUAAAAUGAAAUUUUUAUUAACUGUUUUAUGGAGAGAAAGGCCUACUAAGGCAAAAAUAGGGCCCCUGAAAGUCACCAUGUAGCUUGGCCUUGUAUUCCUUCUUUCCUGGGGCAUCCUAUCAUAGAAUUUAAGUAUUGACAAUAGGAACCCAAAGUCUGAGACAAGAUGAUCCUUUGAAUCCCAAAGUAACUAGCCACUUACUUAAAGAACUCAUGUGGAUUGUCUCAAUGUUGUACCAGAGAUAUUAUGCUUGAAAACAACAGUCCAGGAAGGUCAAGCUUGGCUCCACAAAAGCAGAAGGGGCAAAGUAUGGUGAUGCAUGCCUGUAGUUCCAGCUACUUGGGAGGUUGAGGCAGGAGGAUCGCUUGAGGCCAGGAGUUCGAGACCAGCCUGGGCAACAUACUGAAAUAUCAUCUCUGAAAAAAUAAAGAAAAGAAAAAAAAAGCAGAAGGAAGGAAGGGAAUUCUAUGGGUAAAAAAAAAAAGCCUAAAUUAUCUAAAGCAUUUUCUUCCAGUAAGAAGCUGAUUAACAUGAGCAUGGUGUGCCAAGGUUUACAAAGUAUUUUCAUGAAUAUUAGAAAACUUGAUCCUCAUGAACAACUUGGUGUAGUACUGAAGAAACAGACUCCAUUUACUCCAUGAAGAAUUAGACUCAGGGAAGGCAAACAGCCUUUUCCACAGUUCCCUACACUGUUACUACCUUGUGGAGGGAGGGGUAAGUUACCAGGACCACUGACUCCAAAGCUUUUGCUUUUUGCUAGUGGCUGUAAGCACUAAACUUGGAAGUACAUUUACGUAAAUAGUUUAUGCAACCAAGCAAAGUAGGCAGUGACUUGGGGGACACCCAGAGCGUAGUAGGAACAGAGGUAGGUCCUUGCAGGUAGCUUUCUUCCCAGGUAUACCACCAGACUGUCUGUGGUGCAGCUGGCUGGUUCCCCGCCAGCUUUCUCUCUUGACCUUCGGUGUUUUAGGCAGAGGCUGGCUUUCUGGGGCAGCUGAGGAAAUCUGUCCUUAUCAUCAACAAGCGAUGCUUCUUCCUUGCAAGGACGAAUUGUUCCUUGAUCCAAGCAGCAGGGACACUUCCAGGCUUUCCAGGGGCACUGCUGCUUCCUCAACUUUUUCCUUGCAGUGACAGACAGCCUGAGUGAUCCGGGGCCCUUCCCAGGGUCACAUUCCAGGAAUAGCAAUGCGCAAAAGGACCCUGUGAUGAGGGACUCCUCUAUCCCCUUCCUUCUCCACUUCAUGGAAAGGAGGCCCCCAGAAGCCGACAAAAUAGACCAGUGGUCAUCAAAAGUGGAGCUGCUUAUAUACAACUAUAAUUAGUUCACUUACAAAAAAGAAAAAGGGUGGUGGUCUGGCACAGUGGCUCACGCUUGCGAUCCUGGCAUUUUGGAAGGCCGAGGCGGGAAGAUCGCUUAAGGCUAGGAGUUCGAGAGCCGCAACAUAGAAAGACUCCCCCCCACCCCCCAAAAAGGUUGGGCUGCCAAUACUGACAGCGUGGGCACGCCUAGGAGCUUGUUAGAAAUGCAGAUUCUCGGGCUAACCUGCUACCUGCUGAACCAGAGUCUGUGAAGAUGGAACCUGGCGAUCUGCUUAAGAAGCUCGCCAGGUGGUUCUUAGACACUCAAGCUUGCAGCCCGUAACUUUCUCAGUGACGCUGCCUCUCCCACGGAAAGGGGUGAAUAAUCCUUAGGAAGACAAGAAAACAGGUCUGCAACGUCAAUUUCUUCAGGCUGGAAAACCUGACGCAGGCGCAGUGACUAUCACGCCAGGCCCAGGCCGCACGGUGCGCAUGAGUACUAGAGGCCGCCCGCCGUCCCACCCCCUUCAGGCGUUUGCCCCUUCUCGGCCUCCGCCACCGCGCCCCGCUCCGCGCAUGGGCAGCGGCGGUUUUUUUUCCCAUGGCGCUCUGGGGCGCGGGAGAUUUGUAGGUAAUGGCGGGCGUUGGGUCACUGAGGUGUAGCAGAGGAUGCGCUGGCGGCUGUGAGUGCGGCGACAAGGGCAAAUGCAGCGACUCCUCGCUGUUGGGCAAGAGACUCUCCGAAGACUCGAGCCGCCACCAGCUGCUGCAGAAGUGGGCGAGCAUGUGGAGCUCCAUGAGCGAAGACGCGUCGGUGGCCGACACGGAAAGGGCGCGGCUAGAGGAGGCGGCGGCUGCGGAGGAGAGGCCGCUGGUGUUCCUGUGCUCCGGCUGCCGGCGGCCGCUGGGCGACUCGCUGAGCUGGGUGGCCAGCCAGGAGGACACCAACUGCAUUCUGCUUCGCUGUGUUUCCUGUAAUGUUUCUGUGGAUAAGGAACAGAAGCUAUCCAAACGUGAAAAGGAAAAUGGUUGCAUCCUUGAGACUUUGUGCUGCACGGGGUGCUCACUCAAUCUUGGCUACGUGUACAGAUGCACACCCAAGAAUCUUGAUUACAAGAGAGACUUGUUUUGCCUCAGUGUUGAAGCCAUUGAAAGGGUCCUGCCUACCAUAAUCCAGGAAGUGGUCUUCCAGACAUUAAAUAGGAUCGUGAAAUCAAUGGCGCGAGCCUUCACAAGAAAUGAAAAUCAUGGUAUUCUGAAGACCAGAGAUAGGAAUCUCCCUCAUUUGACAUCCACUGGGUCUGGAUCUGUUUCACUGCUAAUGCUUUGCUGCCAGAACUACACAAGCUGCCUGCCUCUAGGUCCAGGGACUAUCACAGAAGAAGUGGGCAUGUGCAAUUGUAAGGGCCAGUUUUGAGGGAUAAAAUUAGGAUGAGAUCAAACCCUCCAAAUCAAGAAGGAGAUAAAAAAAAAAAAAUGCCUAAACAGCUGGUAAAACAAGCUUGGUUGUCUUCUAAACUAUUAUGUGUCACUUUUGCAUCCAUCCCAACCAUAAAAUUUUACUAUAGAAUUAAAGAAAAACAUUUACUAACAGGAUAAAAUACCUUACCACAAAGCUUCCUGGGUAUAAUACUCCCAAUGAUAAGUGGUAAAAAUAAACCUAUCUAUCCAUAUAUAUUUUUAAUUUUUCAGAACAGUGCUUAUGUUUUGUGUAGCUAAUUGCUGUAAGUCUGUAACAAAAACCAAACUCACAGCAGCUCAACACAUAGAAGUUAAAAAUAAGUCAGUCUUGCAACUUUGCCUUUUGGUUUUUCUGCUGGCCUUUUUACUUAAAAUAAUAAUUUGAAAAAGUAACAAAUGGCUGUCCACAACCCUUCCUAUCUGGCCUAGAACAAUUAAUUGGCUAUAAGUCUUUUAACUCUUAUGGUCCUCAGCCACAGGAAGUCCUGCCAAGGAAAAAAUAACACUGUAGAAUUAUAUAACUUCUCCUGUGACAAAACCUUUUCUCUCCAAAUACCAGUAUAUGGUGCAAUACAAAAGUCGGUUGGCGGGGGGCAGUGGGCAGGAAACAGAUUUAUCUACUGUUAACAAGUCUAUCACGAUUUAAACACUGAGGACCAAGUGUUUCUGGUAUUUAAUUUAUGUUAUAUGCAUAGGAUGCUAUACCUAUGGAAAUACAUUGGCUAGAAAAGAGAUUAAAUUUAUUAAAUUCUAAUUUAAUGUUUGUCCCACAAUUCUCAAGUAAGAUUUAUCACAAGGUCCAAAUAACCCUUAAUAAGGAAGGUAAACACAUUGUGAGUUUGAUCAAAAAUAUGAUGAUGCAUGCGGGGUUUUCUGGCUGAUUGGGUUGGUUACUAUCCUCUGAUUCUAACUACAACCUUGGACGCCCAAACCUUCACUAUCUUUAUAAUAUUUGUUACUAUAUUAACGUUAGACAUUUUCUUGUAAAUGUUAUGCCAGGUACAGCAAAAGGAAAGACACAAUUAAAGACCUGGAUCAUAAUAACUCAGAAAAUAGGUCUGAUCCGGGAUGGUUUUUUUUAGACUAAACCCUAGGCCUGACUCCAUCUCACUCAGUAAACAAUUGGCUAUUGCAUCAGGUCAGACCGUGUCCUCCCCCCAUUAUCCAAAUCGCUAAUAUUUAAAACUACCAUCAACCAGACUACAAUAGGAAUAAGCCUUCCUAGCACCGUGGGACCUCGCCAAACGACCGGAUCAGACAACUCUAGGAAUAAGCGCUCCUAGAGCCAUGCAGUCUGCUGCUGUUGGCCUGCAUAUGCUCCUGUGAAUGCUUUUUGGCCAAGAGGGAGGACUGAGGACUAAACUCUGAUUUUUUACCUUACCCAAAUUCCCUUCUAAGGGAUCUGGGGAGUCAUGCCCUAAAAACCAGAAAUUCUCAUCAAAUGGAUUUUAUUUAAUCCUGUAUCUCGUGACUUUCCAAUCUGACUCUGGCAUAACAAGGAAGAAAAUCAAAAUGUUUUACCCCAAAAUAUAUUUCCUUGCCAUACCUUGAAAUUGCCCUGCAAAGUCUCUUGUGGGAAAAAUCCACAUUCUAUAGAGAAUCCCCUUUCCCCUUGGUUUUCCUUCCUUCCUUCCCAGAUCCAGGAGAUAAUCAACUAAGAGCCAGGCGCCCUUUUAAGUCUGAUAUAAAACAAUUUACCACCUGCUCUCUCUAAAGUCUGGUAAGAGCUUCAUCUGCACAAUAACACUUGGUCUCCACAAUCCUUUAUCUUUAACAUGAAUAUUCUUUCUAUCAAUCCCAGGUCUUCAGAUAACCUCAACCAAUUGUCAACCAGAAAAUGUUUAAAUUUCCCUAUAGCCUGGAAGCCCCUGCUUUGAGUUGUCCGCCUUUCUAAACCAAACCAAUGUAUUUCUUAAAUGUAUUUGAUUGCUGUCUCAUGCCUCCCUAAAAUACGUAAAACCAAGCUGUACCCCAACCACCUUGGACACAUGUUCUCAGGACCUCCCGAGGGCUGUGUCGCAGGCCAUGGUCACUCAUAUUUGGCUUGGAAUGAAUCUUUUCAAAUAUUUUAUAGAGUUUGACUCUUUUCAUCAACAUUAUGUAAACUCUCCAGACUAUCUUCUCAAUGUUUUUCCUGUAAAUAUAAAACUGCUGUAAAAAAUACAGUCCAUUAAAAAAAAGCAUGGUUCCUG